AUGCCUAAGAUCUGCACAGAGCAGUCUUAUCCCAGCCACGGCCGCUGUUCGGUAAACACACCUGACAACCUGGACCAGAUUGAGAGUGGCAGCAGGUAAGACAGUUACAGGAUUUUACCAGCUUGGGUUUAGCUUAGGAAUAGCAAGCUUUUACUUUGAAGAGCCAACAACACACAGACUCCAUUUUAGAAUGCCAGGAAGCGUUCUGUGUGAUCACAAUUUAUUGCAGUGUGGUGACACUCCAAACACAGGAAACACAAACUUUGACAUGUCCCAAGCUAGUACCAUUUCAGUGUAUAUUUUUAGCAUGGUGGAGGUUAUGCCUCACUCUCUUCCUGGUGUCCUCUCUACACUGCAGCCAUGAGGACCAACUGGACCCCUCCUUCACAGGGACAGGAGGCAUGUCCAGGUCAGUGCAGAUUUCUUUUUUUGAGGACUACAACGGAAAUAAGUCAAUAUACUUUAUUUUUUAAAUCCUUAAUAAUGUAUAAUGUGUGUAUAAUUGUUUUCUCAUUGUUUGAACAACAUUACAUGUAGUUUUAAAAAUAAAAUAACUUCAUGCAUUUCUCUCAGGCUGUCUCGCUUCAUGGUGUUGGUGAAGAGCUGGUCAUCUCACAGUAGUCAGCCCUCAGAUGCCCUUCCUUUAGACUCAACCAUGAAGUCACACACAGAGUUCAGAGAAGCCUGGAGGGCAGAGAGCAUGUCCAGCACCAGACUCUCUGACCAAGUCCGCAGGAGGAAGUGAGUCCCAGUGUGUGUGUGUGUGUGUAUAUAUGUUUGUGUUUCUCUCAAUCUCUCUUUCUCUCAUGCUGCAAUUAUUAUGACUUAGAAAUGAAAUAGCUACUUAGAUUUGAAGCUAACACGUGUAUUGAUAUAUUUUUUCAAGCAACGGUCAAUGGCCCCUUGCGGCAUACAAUAUGAACAACUGCAACAACAAAGAUGAGUAAGUGGACCAAUUAUAGCUUCCUGUUAACGCUAGAGAGGGGUCAUGUCUAGAUGGGAUACAGCUUUUGUCAAAUUGAUGUAAAAAAGUAUUCAGACCCCUUGACUUUUUCCACAUUUUGUUAUGUAACAGCCUUAUUCUAAAAUUGAUUAGAUAGUUUUCCCCCCUCAUCAAUCUACACACAAUACCCCAAAAUGACAAAGCAAAAACUGGUUUUUAGAAAUGUUUGCAAAUUUAUUUAAAAUAAAAACUGAAAUAUAACAUUUACAUAAGUAUUCAGAACCUUUAAUUCACUAUGUAGGUAGUCACUAAUCUAAUCAAAUCAAAUGUUAUUGGUCACAUACACAUAUUUAGCAGAUGUUAUUGCGGGUGUAGCGAAAUGCUUGUAAAUAAAUAGCUGUACAUGGUUUUGUUCCCCCUCCCUGUCACUCUCCAUAGUAUUUUGUGUUACAUAAUUGUGACCAGACACAUAUUUAUAAAUGUCAUACUGGAGGAGUAGUGAAAUGACAAAGUAAUACCAGUAGAAAGCCAAGAGACCUGUCACCACUCUCUUACCCAACUGUAGCACGCUGCCCCCCUCUGGUCUUGAUAAAUCAUUGCACAUAGUUUCAUGCAAUAGAAAACCUAAUUGAAACCAAAUAACACUCUCCAUGAACAUUAUGAUCCAAUAUCUCCAAACAAAUCUGUAAGAGUGAAGUUAGCUCAGUUGAUUAGCCUGAUCCACCAUCCAGACUGCUGCGCUUUCGUUUCCUUUCACUUCGUAUCAGUGGAGGCUGGUGGGAGGAGCUAUAGGAGGACAGGCUCAUUUUUAUGGAAUAAAUGGAAUGGUAUCAAACACAUCAAACAUAUGGAAACACGUUUGACUCCUUCCAUUUAUUCCAUGCCAGCCAUUAUAAUAAGCCUGUCCGCCUAUAGCUCCUUCCACCAGCCUCCUCUGCUUCGUAUAGAGAAACAGAACGUAAGCUCGCGAGAUCAGGAUGGUGGAACGAGGCUUAGUUGAUUCCACCCCCUAUAGAUAUCCUCUUAUUUUCCCCUUGUAUAACAGUGUGCUGUGCUGUAGUUAGUACAUGCUUCAUUGAGAUGUAUAAUAUUAUGUGUAAAAUAAAUAAUAAUAAUUGUUCAGCAAGAAGGAUGAGAAAAAGGAUGAUAAGAAACCUGAUCCCCCGAAGCCGCCUGAUAAGAAGCCGGAUGAUAAGAAACCUGAACCCCCGUAAGUAUAUUCAGUUUCUAUGGUUAUAUAGAUGUCUUAUAUGUAUAAACCCCAAAAAUGAUAUAAGUUAACAGGAAAGAGAUUUUUAUUUGAUGUUUCUUUCAGGAAAGAAGUGUGGAUCAUUGACCCCGCUACAGAUAUGUACUACCAUUGGCUGACAAUAGUAGCUGUCCCAACAUUUUACAACUUGAUGCUUCUGGUGCCAAGGUGUGUGCUGCUUUAGAAUUCCAGUUUUAAGGUUUCCCAAGAUGUUGUUGAGUAAUUGGAAAUGAUCAAUACUCAUGUUUUUCUGCUUGUCUCCCAGGGCUAGUUUCAAUGACCUGCAGGCCAACUACGUAAUACUGUGGAUGGUUCUCGACUACACUUCAGAUGUCAUCUAUUACAUUGACACGUUUGUGAGAUCUAGGACAGGUAAAAUCAUUCUUGUUUAGGGUUGAAGUUGUUUAAAUAAUUUCUACAUAGCAUAGCAUAGCCUCGUUUUUAUUUUUUAUAAUAUUGAAUUAUUUUAGUGGGUAAAUUAGCUUUAAUAUUGCAGAUAGAUUGUAGCUUCCAAUGUAAUUGUCUGCAUCAUUUCCAAUCCCCCAUAUACAUUUUUGUAAAUAUAUAUACACACAUACACACACACACAGUGCCUUCGGAAAGUAUUCAGAACCCUUGACUUUUUCCACAUUUUGUUACGUUACAGCCUAAUUCUAAAAUUGAUUAAAUAGUUAUUUCCCCCCCUCAUCAAUCUACACACAAUACCACAUAAUGAUAUGGCAAAAACAGGUUUUUAGACAUUUUUGCAAGUUUAUUAAAAAUAAGAAACUUAAAUAUCACAUUUACAUAAGUAUUCAGACCCUUUACUCAGUACUUUGUUGAAGCACCUUUGGCAGCGAUUCCAGCCUCGAGUCUUCUUGGGUAUGACGCUACAAGCUUGGCACAACUUUAUUUGGGGAGUUUCUCCCAUUCUUCUCUGCAGAUCCUCUCAAGCUCUGUCAGGUUGGAUGGGGAGCGUCGCUGCACAGCUAUUUUCAAGUCUCUCCAGAGAUUUUCGAUCGGGUUCAAAUCUGGGCUCUGGCUGGGCCACUCAAGGACAUUCAGAGACUUGUCCCGAAGACACUCUUGCGUUGUCUUGGCUGUGUGCUUAGGGUUGUUGUCAUGUUGGAAGGUGAACCUUCGCCCCAGUUUGAGGUCCUGAGCGCUCUAGAGCAGGUUUUCAUCAAGGGUCUCUCUGUACUUUGCUCUGUUCAUCUUUCCCUCGAUCCUGACUUGUUUCCCAGUCCCUGCCACUGAAUAAUAUCCCCACAAGCAUGAUGCUGCCACCCCCAUGCUUCACCGUAGGGAUGGUGCCAGGUUUCCUCCAGACAUGAUGCUUGGCAUUCAGGCCAAAGAGUUCAAUCUUGCUUUCAUCAGACCAGAGAAUCUUGUUUCUCAUGGUUUGAGAGUCCUUUAGCUGCCUUUUGGCAAACUCCAAGCGGGCUGUCAUGUGCCUUUUACUGAGGAGGGCUUCCGUCUGGCCACUCUACCAUAAAGGCCUGAUUGGUGUAGUGCUGCAGAGAUGGUUGUACUUCUGGAGGAACUCUGGAGCUCUGUCAGAGUGACCAUCAGGUUCUUGGUCACCUCCCUGACCAAGGCCCUUCUCCCCCGAUUGCUCAGUUUGGCCGGGUGGCCAGCUCCAAAAAGAGUCUUUGUGGUUCAAAACGUCUUCCAUUUAAGAAUGAUGGAGGCCACUGUGUUCUUGGGGACCUUCAAUGCUGCAGAAUUUUUUGGUACCCUUCCCCAGAUCUGUGCCUCAACACAAUCCUGUCUCGGAGCUCUACGGACAAUUCCUUUGACUUCAUGGCUCGGUUUUUGCUCUGACAUGCACUGUUAACUGUGAGACCUUAUAUAGACAAGUGUGUGCCUUUCCAAAUCAUGUCCAAUCAAGUUGUAGAAACAUCUCAAGGAUGAUCAAUGGAAACAGGAUGCACCUGAGCUCAACUUCAAAUCUCAUUGCAAAUGUUCUGAAUACUUUUGUAAAUAAGGUAUUUCUGUUUUUUAUUUGUAAUACAUUUGCAAACAUUUCUAAAAACCUGUUUUCGAUUUGUCAUUAUGGGGUAUUGUGUGUAGAUUGAUGAGGGGGAAAAAAAUAUUUAAUCCAUUUUAGAAUAAGACUAACGCAACAAACAGUGGAAAAAGGGAAGGGGUUUGAAUACUUUCCGAAUGCACUGUGUAUAUAUAUACACACCUACAUACAUACACUACCAGUCAAAAGUUUGGACACACCUACUCAUUCAAGGGUUUUUCUUUAUUUUUACAUUGUAGAAUAAUAGUGAACACAUCAAAACUAUAAAAUAACACAUAUGGAAUCAUGUAGUAAACAAAAAAGUGUUAAACAAAUCAAAGUAUAUUUUAUAUUUGAGAAUCUACAAAUAGCCACCCAUUUUCCUUGAUGACAGCUUUGCACACUCUUGGCAUUCUCUCAACCAGCUUCACCUGGAGUGCUUUUCCAACAGUCUUGAAGGAGUUCCCACAUAUGCUGAGCACUUGUUGGCUGCUUUUCCUUCACUCUGCGCUCGGACUCAUCCCAAACCAUCUCAAUUGGGUUGAGGUCGGGGGAUUGUGGAGGCCAGGUGAUCUGAUGCAGAACUCCAUCACUCGCGUUCUUGGUAAAAUAGCCCUUACACAGCCUGGAGGUGUGUUUUGGGUCAUUGUCCUGUUGAAAAACAAAUGAUAGUCCCACUAAGCCCAAACCAGAUGGGAUGGCGUAUCGCUGUAGAAUGCUGUGGUAGCAAUGCUGGUUAAGUGUGCCUUGAAUUCUAAAUACAGCGUCACCAGCAAAGCACCCCCACACCAUAACACCUCCUCCUCCAUGCUUUAUGGUGGGAAAUACACAUGUGGAGAUCAUCCGUUUACCCACACCCCGUCUCACAAAGACACAGCGGUUGGAACCAAAAAUCUCCAAUUUGGACUCCAGACCAAAGGACACAUUUCCACCGGUCUAAUAUCCAUUGCUCGUGUUUCUUGGCCCAAGCAGGUCUCUUCUUAUUAUUGUUGUCCUUUAGUAGUGGUUUCUUUGCAGCAAUUCGACCAUGAAGGCCUGAUUCACACAGUCCCCUCUGAACAGUUGAUGUUGAGAUGUGUCUGUUACUUGAACUCUGUGAAGCAUUUAUUUGGGCUAAAAUUUCUGAGGCUGGUAACUCUAAUGAACUCUGGGUCUGCCAUUCCUGUCGCAGUCCUCAUUAGAGCCAGUUUCAUCAUAGCGCUUGAUGGGUUUUGCGACUGCACUUGAAGAAACGUUUCAAAGUUCUUGAUGUUCCGUAUUGACUGACCUUCAUGUCUUAAAGUAAUGAUGGACUGUCAUUUCUCUUUGCUUAUUUGAGCUGUUCUUGCCAUAAUAUGGACUUGGUCUUUUACCAAAUAGGGCUAUCUUCUGUACACCCCCCAACCUUGUCACAACACAACUGAUUGGCUCAAACGCAUUAAGAAGGAAAUAAAUUCCACAAAUUAACUUUUAAGGAGCCACACCUGUAAAUUGAAAUCCAUUCCAGGUGACUACCUCAUGAAGCUGGUUGAGAGAAUGCCAAGCGUGUGCAAAGCUGUCAUCAAGGGAAAGGGUGGCUAUUUCAAAUAUAACCUCAUCAAAACUUUUUUGGUUACUACAUGAUUCCAUAUGUGUUAUUUCAUAGUUUUGAUGUCUUCACUAUUAUUCUACAAUGUAAAAAUAAAGAAAAACCCUUGAUUGAGUAGGUGUGUCCAAACUUUUGAAUGGUAGUGUAUAUACAGUUGAAGUCGGAAGUUUACAUACAUUUUCAUUUUCUGCAAAUAAAUGCUCUAAAUGACAAUAUUUUUAUUUGGAAUUUGGGAGAAAUGUUGUCAUUUCGUAGAAUUAUUUUUUUUUUUAAUUUUACAUGGAGUUUGAAGGUAGGCCUUGAAAUACAUCCACAGGUACACCUCAAAUUGACUCAAAUUAUGUCAAUUAGCCUAUCAGAUGCUUCUAAAGCCAUGCCAUAAUUUUCUGGAAUUUUCCAAGCUGUUUAAAGGCACAGUCAGUUUAGUGUAUGUGAACUUCUGACCCACUGGAAUUAUGAUACAGUGAAUUAUAAGUGAAAUAAUCUGUCUGUAAACAAUUGUUGGAAAAAUUACUUGUCUCAUGCACAAAGUAGAUGUCCUAACCGACUUGCCAAAACUAUAAUUUGUUAACAAUACAUUUGUGGAGUGGUUGAAAAACAAGUUUUAAUGACACCAACCGAAGUUUAUGUAAACUUCCGACUUCAACUGUAUACAUAUAUAUACACACACACACACACACACAUAUAUCUUUUAAAAAUAUAUUUUGCUUUAUUAUUUUCCACUAACAUAGUCUCGUUUAACGAUUUUUGCAAUAAAGCUUUGAAAUGUCAUCAACAGGUUUCCUGGAACAAGGAUUGCUCGUGAAGGACCCAGUGAAACUAAAAGAACGCUACAGAGCCCAGAAGCAAUUUAAAUUUGACAUCAUAUCGAUGAUACCUACCGAUCUUGCCUUCAUUCCAUACGGUUACAACAAUCCAGAGUUCAGAUUCAACCGCCUCGGCAAGAUGGCGCGCCUCUUUGAGUUCUUCGACCGAACAGAAACCAGGACGAACUACCCCAACAUUUUCCGAAUCAGCAACCUUGUGCUUUACAUCCUGAUCAUCAUCCACUGGAACGCCUGUGUCUUCUUCGCCCUCUCCAAAAUCCUGGGCUUCGGCUCAGACACCUGGGUGUACCCAAACAUCACUGACCCCGAGAUGGGCCAGCUGUCCAGGAAGUACGUCUACUGCCUCUACUGGUCCACCCUGACCCUGACCACCAUUGGAGAGACCCCGCCUCCUGUCAGAGACAUCGAGUACCUGUUUGUCGUCGCUGACUUCCUCACGGGAGUGCUAAUUUUUGCCACCAUUGUCGGUAACGUGGGCGCCAUGAUCUCCAACAUGAACGCGGCACGCGCCGAGUUCCAGGCCAAGAUCGACUCCAUCAAGCAGUACAUGGAGUUUCGUAAAGUCUCCAAGGUCCUGGAGGCCAGGGUGGUCAAGUGGUUCGACUACCUGUGGACGGAGAAGAAGACCUGCGACGAGAAGGAGGUGCUGAAGAACCUGCCGGACAAGCUAAAGGCUGAGAUUGCCAUCAACGUCCACAUGGAGACACUGAGGAAAGUGCGUAUCUUCCAGGAUUGUGAAGCCGGCCUGCUGAUCGAGCUGGUGCUCAAGCUGCAGCCGCAGGUCUUCAGCCCCGGAGACUACAUCUGUAAGAAGGGCGACAUCGGCAGAGAGAUGUACAUCAUCAAAGAGGGGAAGCUUGCUGUGGUGGCGGACGACGGGGUCACACAGUGGUGUGUGCUGAGCGACGGGGCGUACUUCGGAGAUCUCAGUAUCCUGGGUAUCAAGGGCAGUAAGGCUGGCAACAGGAGAACAGCCAACAUCAGGAGCGUAGGUUACUCUGACCUCUUCGCCCUGUCUAAAGACGACCUGAUGGAUGCGCUCACUGAGUACCCUGACGCCAAGUACGCUCUGGAGGACAAAGGCAGGGCCAUCCUGAUGAAGGACAACCUCAUUGACGAGGAAUUGGGAAACAAGGCCGACCCCAAAGAAAUGGAGAACAAAGUCCUUACGAUGGAGACCAACAUGGAGGUCAUGACGAUCAAGUUCACCAGAAUGAUUGCAGAGUGGGCAACAUACCAGGCCAAGGUCAAGCAGCGCAUCAGCAACAUGGAGGCCAGGGUCAAACCCCUCAGGCAGGAGGAUGGAUGAGGUGAUGAAGGACACAUGGUCACAUGCGGUGUUCCUACUCUACUCCACACAUUUGACAGACACGGACAUUAAGUGUAUAUUAAAUGUAAAUCUAUAGCCUAUACUCACUAUUUAGAUCUGGUUAGAUCUAAAUAGCUUUCCAUCCAAGUGGAUUAUAAUCAUAGACUGCAUUGUUGACUAGUCAAAAGCAGUGGAGGCUGGUGGGAUGCGCUAUAAGAGGAUGGGCUCAUUG